AUGGCUUUUAAAGGAAACAUUCGUCGUUUACUAAAUGCGACGUUCAACGAAGAAUGUGAGAGUUGUGACUUAGAUAACUGUGACUAUGGAUUAAGUGAAAUAUCAUCAAGUGUGUUCAUUUUUCUAUCUAUUGUUUGCGGGAUUUUUGCGAUUGGAGGAAACUCGGCUCUUCUUCUGGCUCUCACUCGUACAGAUGCACUGCGUAGCCGAGUAAAUUGCUCGUUUAUCUUUUCGCUGGCUCUUGCCGAUUUAAUGGUAGGCUUAACUAUGACACCAUUGUACGUGUGCUACGCUGUCGGCUAUGAACCUUACUGGCUUAUCAAGCUGGAGGGGUUUCUCUGGAUUUUGACAGUCACAGCAACAACUUACAGCCUCAGUGCUGUAAGCUUGGACAGGUUGAUAUCGGUUGUUUAUCCUCUGCUUUAUCAUCAGAUAGUAACUGAAAAACGAUGCCGUGUGGUCUUAUGUCUAAUUUGGACUGGAUCCAUUAUCUUUGGUUUUCCAAGACUGGUCCUAGAUGACUUUGUUAAACUAGAAAAGCUAUGGAUAGCUUGCUCUGUAACCACGGUGGCAAUUCCAUUGCUAAUCAUGCUUCUUUCCUAUACUAAAAUCCUUUUAAUUGUUCAAAAGACAAAUCGUUCUGUUGCAGAUCAAAGUGUGUCGAGUGCGUGUGUUAGCGUUGGAAACAAAAAGGCUGUAAUAACGAUCGGCAUAAUCGUUAUCCUAUUUAUUUUAACAUUUAUUCCAACUACCGUCGUUUACUUUAUGCUUUUAUUUGAGGAGGACCUCUGCAAAGAACUCACGCUAAACGACGUUUGGUUGUGGGUUGCACUUGUAUCAUUUUCUCACUCCUCGGUCAAUCCUUGGGUCUACGGACUCAGGUAUCGUGAAUUAAGACAAGCGCUAAAAGACUCUUUAAAAUGUGGAUAG